AUGGAGGCUCCGAAUGGAAUUGGUUUUAAAGCAGUAUCGAGAUAUUAUAAAAUCAUGGGACCAGUUGGGCAAAGUCGGGAGGCGUUUGAAGAAGAAGAAGAAUUGGAGGACGAAGUUAAAGCAAAGGAAGAAAAUGACGAAACGUCUGGUUACGAAUUUGAAUUACAGAAGGAAGAAGAGCAAUAUAUAGAUUAUCAGGAACAAAGGAAAUUAGCGAUGGAGAAGGGACAAGAUCCAGACAACGUUAAAGAAUCAUUUGAAGCUGAAAAUUAUGAAAGUUAUCACGUUGGACAAUCGUCCAAAAAUAAAUUGCUGAAGAAGACAAGUAGAUCAAAGAGACUUGCCAUUGAAGAUUCUGAUAAGUACUGGGAUAAAGGAAUUGUUCCUUAUACAUUUACAGACACCAUUGAAGAAACUAACGUAAUGUCGAAGAUUAGAGCUAAAAGUAGAUUCCAUUACUGGACCUGUAUCCGAUUUGUUCCCUGGACAUCAUCUACUAGUCAACAAUAUUCAUUGGAUCAUGAUAAUUAUUUGAUACAUGUUGAGAAAAAAGGAUGCUGGUCUCAUGUUGGAAAUAUGAAAAUGGACGGCCAGAAAAUUUCAUGUUGUAAAGGUGUAACGUGUAUUCAUGAACUUGGGCAUGCGAUUGGUCUUCACCACGAGCAAAAAAGUCCACUACGUGAUGUAUAUUUGAGAGUAAACGAAGAGAACAUUGAACCAGAAAAAAUUAGUGGUUAUAAUGAGGUAGAACCAAUGGAAUCCAAAACUUUUGGAUACUUUGAUAUGGCCAGUGUUAUGUUGUAUAAUAAAUACGCUUUUUCAAAUAACGGCAUGCCAACAUUAACGUUGUUUGAUUCCAAUAUGGAGUACCUUCUUACCAACCCAGAUCCACAUAUGUACUACAUGUUUAAAGAAGUUACAUCUCUAUAUAAAUGCAAAGAAAUGAAAUGUUCAGGUUUUGCAACAGAAUGUAAAAACGAUGGAUAUGUAGCAUUUGUUCGGGAUACCUGUAUAUGCAGAUGUCCUAAAGGUCUUGAUCCAAGAACAGGAUGCACCACUGUUUAUCAUGGAGAUAGAAUAUUGCAAGGAUUGAGAUGGCCGUUGGGUGCAUUUUCAAUCUUGAAACCAGAAAACGGAUGUCCCUUAAACUACGAAGAAGGAAAUAUAAUACAAUACGUAGAAAGCAUAAGGACAUCAACAAAGUUUAACCUUGAUUUUAGACACGAAACAACUAGCUUCGAUUUCAAUUUCUGUACUAAGAAAUCAGACACAACAAGCGAUAAUCGUGCUGUUUGGGAACCUGGAUUUAUUGAGGGAUUCAUAAAGUUUGGCAAAGGCGAUGUGAAGAUUAUUAAGAAACCAAUACCGGACGGGAAGUUUACAGGUGACUCCAUGGUAUGGCAUUUCUGUUGCAGAGAAGACGGUAGUUGGAAAGAUCCGUUAUAUCUACCAACUAAAGAACCAUUUACAUUAUUCCCUACAGACAGUGAAUGUCAAGAGGUGAAAGAUUGCGGUGACAUAAUAACGGUUUCAGAGGAGAACCCGAUGGCCAUCAUAAAUUCUCCAAACUUUCCACAUACUUAUAAUUCUAAACAAGAAUGUAGCUGGACAAUUAAGAGUCCUGAAAAUACCAAAAUGAAGCUGACAUUUGAUAAAUUUGACAUUGAGUCAACUGUUGACAGUGAAACAUCCUAUCCCGUAUGCGAUGAUUCAUUAGAAGUACGAUUUACACUACCAGGUCAUCCAGGCGUCAAUUACUGCGGACAAAGGUUUAGCUCUAUAAUAAUUACAGAAGUGAAUUACAUUGGACUAACAUUAUCGUCCGGGUUAACAGGAACCGGAAAUGGUUUUAAAGCUUUUGUGUCAUUGAUUACUGAUAAAGACAUGUGCUACACUGGUAAAGGUAAUGAUUACCGCGGCACAGUGAAUGUCACAAGAACGUUUGAAUCAUGUUUACCUUGGACAAGAGUUCAAAACUGUCCUCAUCACGCAUUUAAUUCUGGUGAUUUAGACGAUGAUUUAGUUGACAAUUACUGUAGAAAUCCGGGAAGUGGAACAAAACCAUGGUGCUAUACUCACUAUGAAGACUGUAACAGAAAUUAUUGUGAUCCAUGUGGCUUAGAAAGUUGUUAUGAUUUGUUGGAUGACUGUGCUACUCUUGUUGCUGAAGAACCAACAUUUUGUCAGAAUAAUGUAGAAGCACAAAGAAUUUGUAGACAAUCUUGUGGAUUUUGUAUGAUGGGAAAACCAAAACCAGUCUCAAAAGUAAAAUGCCGUUCCCCACCAUUGUUGUAUGAUGCCAUUUGUACAGAACGUAUGAAGAGACGUUACAAAGUUGGAGAAGUCGUCACAUUUAAAUGUAAAACAGGCAUAGAAAUUGAGAGAAGAAUAUGUUUGGCAGAUGGAAGUUGGUCUGGCGGAAAUUUUGUUUGUGGAAGAUGUCCAAAUGGUUGGUUUCCAUUUCACGGGAAAUGUUAUCGAUGGUUUGACACAUAUGAGAACAUGACAACAUCUAACGAGAUAUGUAAGCGUCAUUCAGCUGUGAUGACAUCAAUCAAAGAUGAGAAUGAAUUCAAAUUUUUAUUACGGCUAAGGACUGAUGUUCGUCCCUUCUGGCUUGGUUUACAGUUUGAGGACAGUUUAGGAGAUUCUAUUUGGCUAGAGGAUGGUUCGACUGUUACCUUCAACAAAUGGGUUUCAGGAAACAACAAAGGUUGCGGAUAUGUGGAUAAAACCGGGAAUUGGAAGGGGAUUUCUUGUAACAGUGUCCAAUAUCUCUCUGUCAUCUGUAAAAUGUCUCCAUCAGAUAGAAAAGUAUGUAAUGACGCUAGGGAUGACUGUGAGGAAUUCAUCAAAGAAGAUCCUCGAGCAUGUGGAGCACAUCAAGACUUUGCAUGGCACGUCUGUCCAAAAUCGUGUAAUGUCUGUAAUGACGGAUCAGUCGUGACAUGUCCUCUGCCACCCAUACCAAAGAACGUGGAACUGUUGAAUAAGAUUAAGGACCUCCGCCCUGGUACGAUGAUAGAAUAUAAAUGUAAAGACGGAUUCAUUCUUGCCAAUGGAAAUCUAAGACGGGCCUGCUUAGUUAAUAAAGAUUUCACAGGAAAUGAACCUGUUUGUGUAGAUGAAGACUUGGUACCAUCACCAAACAACAGAAUCGAGUUACGUCAGAGAUCUGUAGAUGGUAAGGCCGGGAUGGCAUAUACUGCAGAUAAUGACGCAUUAAGAAUUCAAAGAUCUGGAAAGUUAGUAACAUGGGAAUUCUAUAGUAUUUAUGAUGGUGAAGUAGCUUUUCAAGUAUGGCGACCUACCAGUAAACGUGAUAAGUAUGAAUUGAUUGGACAAAAUAUCAUAGCCAGUACAGGGAACCAUCGUUCGAGAUCAGUAGAUGUUCCAUUUGAGGAGCAAGUUGCUGUAAAGAAAGGUGAUAUGGUAGGAUUCUUCCUGCCAAAAGAUAACAAAGGAGGUAUAACGUUUGACAAAUGUAUAACAAGGUACACAUUUGGUGAUUUUGGAAGGCAAAAGGAAAUCAAAACUAAAAUUAGGAAGUCUUCUGAAUGGAAUGUUGGUGAAGUGUAUACUGUGAGAAAUGACAAGGACAAAGAUUGUAAAAUUAUUUCACUUCGAGCUUAUGUCUUGUAG